GCCCCGCACCGGCCCCGCCGCUCCGGCCCCGCGAUGCCGCCGCGCUCCGCCCGCCUGGCGCGGCUGUCGCGCUCCGUCACCUUCAGCGCCUGCCACCGCCUGCACAGCAAAUCCCUGAGCGAUGAGGAGAACCUGAAGCUGUUCGGGAAGUGCAACAACCCCAAUGGCCACGGACACAACUACAAAGUUAUAGUCACAGUGCGUGGAGAGAUUGACCCGGUCUCGGGGAUGGUGAUGAACCUGACAGACCUGAAGGAAUACAUGCAGGAGGCGAUCAUGGAGCCGCUCGACCACAAGAACCUGGACAAGGAUGUGCCCUACUUCUCUGAGGUGGUGAGCACCACAGAGAACGUCGCCGUGUUCAUCUGGGACAACCUCCAGAAGCUCCUGCCCCAGGGAAUCCUUUACAAAGUGGAAGUGCACGAGACAGAGCAGAACGUUGUCGUUUACAAGGGAGAACAAACAAUUGUGAAGUGAAAUCAGCCUCAGUUCAUGCUCAGGGGAAAGGCUCCAUGAUCAGCUCAGUGGUUUAGCCCAGCCCCGCUCGGCAUUUCCUGCCCCAGCGCUGGGUUCUGUGUCAGGUCAGGACCAGUGCAGAUGUUUCACAAGGACCCUUGCAGCAAUGUGUCCAUUGGGGUUCUCAGAAUGGGUUGGUUUCUCUGCUUUUCCUCAAGACCUUCCUGUUUUGCAAAGCCGAGCCACUGAGCUGAUGUGAAAUUUAGAAUUGGGCCCUGGUAAAUAGAGGUGAUUUGGAGAGAGGAGGAGGCCUGGCAAAAUCACAAAAGGUUUUGAUUUCUAAUUAAACAUUGAAUUAAUUUAUGAUAUUUAA